AAGCUCAGUGGGUCUCUUCAUCUAAAGCUUGCUGGAGAAUUUUUGGAUUUUCCAUGUCUGAUAUGAAUCCCUUAGUAAUUUGUCUUUCAUGUCAUCUAUCAAACCAUCAUAUAGUUAACUUCUUUGAAUAUAUUAAUAUAACAGAAAUUCUUUCAGAUGAAAAUAGCAAAAAAACCAUGUUAACAGAAUAUUUUCAUCUAAAUAUAACUGAUCCAGAAGCACAAAGUGCUCAGCAGAGAGGUUUGUUAGAAGCUGAUAAGUCACUUCAUGAGUGUAUGUCUGAAGCUAAACAAUUUCAUUCAUCUUAUGCUUUAAACUUCAUUAAAAAUGGCAUACCAGAAGGGCAACUAUGCAUCAAUGCAGUGCUUGAACAUAUUAAUCAUUUUUUACAACAACAUGAUAAAAAUAUAGAUAAUUAUGAUUUACCAAAAAUUACUAAUUUGGUUAAUGAAGAAUUACCAAGGUUAAUUUUAGAAGAACUAUCUAUUCCA